UCUGAGAUAAGGGCAGCAUAUAUAACGACGAGGGCCGUAUAACGGCCAUCGUUACGCAGCAACCUGCGAUGAAUUUUAAUAUUAUUUUAUGGGAUUGCUUUACAAUCUUGACUGGUCAAAAAUGGGCUGAAUUAUUUGUGGAAUCGCUGUUUGGUAGACUAUUUGAGUGCAGAGCGUUAAAAUUGGCUCUUUAAAGUCGUGAAAAUGUGGUAUGGUCCAAAUCUGCAGAGGUCUUAUAGGUAUAUGAUGUUUGCUUCCAAGAUGCCAUCACUGCGGAUAGAUCAGAGUGAUCUGAAGUGCAAGAAUGGAUGUGAUUACUUUGGGAAUCCACAGUGGCAAGGGUACUGUUCCAAAUGUCACCGAGAGCAGCUGCAGCGGCAGAGAAGAGCAGAAAAAGCAUCAUCAGCAACUCUGCCAAAACCAGAACAGAAGAAACCGGAACGCAGCUUGAAGCUGUCGUCGCAUUAUUCAUUUUCAAAAUUUGAAGAGAAGAAACUUAGACAGAGUGAAACUUUGAAGAAAGCCAAUCUACUUAAAUUCAGCGUUUUCAAAAAGAGCAGCCAAGAUGACCAUGAACACGCGGCGGAGAAACGGCCGCCGGAAUUCAAGAUUCCCGCUCUGGUCAACGAGGGGAUGAAAAGAGAUUUCCGGAUUCGAUUCUCAUAUCUAACACCUCAAAUAGAUAGGGAUGCGAGAAUAUUUGCACAUAACUUUAUCAUGGACGUCAUCAAGUGUUCCAAUGUCAUGACCGUGGAUGAACUUUCGGAGCGGGUCCAGAGGCAGUAUCAGCGUUUCAUGAAACAUAUGGAUACAUCAGCGCAUUUUGCAAACGUCGACUCUGAUACCAAGGAACUUCUCAUGGACUUUGUCGAAAAACACUCGAUGACAUAUUUACAUGAGCUACCAUCCGUAGUAUUUUCGCCGAGCGGCACGGACGACGAGCGGCUCGACCGCGCGAUGUCGGAGCGGAUCCAACAGCUGAGCUGGGUCGGCGAGAAGCACCUCGAGUGCAAGCUCGACCGCACCAGUGCGUCGUGCCGCCAGCUGCUGUACAAGGCCAUCAGUGAGCUGCUGGGCAUGGACGCGGCGCUGUCCCCGGGCGGCAAGAUGUCCCGCGUGCGGCGCGCGUGCCGCCACGUGCUGGCGCUGUGCGGCGCGCCCGCCUCCGCCGACGAUCUGCUGCCCGCGCUCAUAUUCACUGUUUUAAAGGCGAAUCCGCCGCGCCUAGUCAGCAACAUUAACUUCGUGACGCGGUUCUGUAACGCGCAGCGCCUGAUGACUGGGGAGGGAGGUUACUAUUUCACUAAUUUGUGUUGUGCGGUGUCCUUUAUCGAAAAUUUAACAUCGGAAUCGUUGAAUAUGGACAAAAAAGAGUUCGAUUGCUACAUGGCGAUGCCCGCGUCGCUUGGCGGCAGUACUUGGGCCGCCGCACUAUCUCUAUGUGGUGCGUCACGAGAAGCGGAAGAGCAAAAAUUGCAAGUUGAAAAGUUAUUACAAGAGACCAACUGCUUGAAGAUAAAGGCCGACCAGUUGGCGACUAAUGCUGAGACUUUUGAGAAAGAAAUUGCGAAAAAAGUGCAAGAUGUUCUAGCUAAAACGCCCCUAGAAAUCAAACCUCGGCGUGAAUUGCCUCGUCUCGGCUCUUUGAAAUCAACUGGUGUUUUAAUCGAUUUCGAUAUUGAAAACCAGACACAAAAUCAACAACCACUAGUUGCAAAUGCUCCACAAGCAAAUUCAGUAGAUCAAAGUACAGAGGUACAAUCAAAAGUUGAACAAACAUACAGUAAUGGAGAACUUGCUAAGAAUGUAGAACAAAAUCCACCCGAAUCUGUUCCUCAACAAACCAGCCAAGUUCCCAUGAACAUUCAAGAUAUACACCAUUUCGAAGAUGAAACUCAAAGACCACAGUCCGAAAUACCUACUAAAAUAAAAGAUACAGAACCAAUAAUUACGCUCUCUCGAACACCAGACGACGGAAAAUCUCCGUCAAAAUCCCCGCUAAAUCCGUGGGAAUUAAAACAGACCAGUUCCCUCGAACUCCUUACUCCUUCCCCUCUUGGUUUCACUCCUUUCGACUCAAGAUCUAUAGAUGAACUGUUGACCCCAGAUGAAUUCGGCAGCGACCAAGCUCCAGGACUCAGUAACAUAAACUAUGACAUAGAUUUAUCGGACUUCAGCGGCGAUAACAGCCUCGCUGAUGAUGUCCCGAGAGAGCCAAAAGACCCAUUCAGUCCUGACCCGAAGAAACAGUACUAUACCUUCGAACAGAGGGACCCCUUUAGUCCGGUUUUGGAUAAAUUCGAUGAAUUCAGCCUCGUCGAUACGAAAACCAAUGAAACUUCUGAGGCGUUUGAAGUUAUUCAUAGAGCUUCGUCAAGCAGGGAUCCGUUUAGUCCGGAAAUAAGAGAUCCGUUCAGUCUGGAAAGGCCGCCGGGAUCUAUACUCGAUGACAGUAAUUCGCCAACAUCUGCUUGUCUAUUGCCAUCGCCAUUGCUACCACAGACAAGCAAACCCAAUUAACGCUAUGGUUAUUAAAAUCUCUAGCAAAUGAUAAACGAAUUAUUUAUUGUUUAAUAUGAAGAAUUCUGGAUGAAAUCUAGAUGGGAAAUAAAUUGUAUAAACUUUUGAGGGCAUAACUGCUUCUUAAAUAAUGUAAUAUUUAUGGGGGUCGAAUUCUGUAACAUUCUGUAUGUAAUUGAGUUUCAUGGGCUAUUUUUCACUCCAUAUAAAUAACAAAUAUCUUUCAACUGUCUCUCACAGAUCUACAUUUCCAUUAGUGUAUACAUAAAUAUAUUCCUUAUUAUUAUUUCGGAAGGUACAAACGUUAUUAUUAAAUACAUUGAUAUCUUAACUCCUUCGUAGCAGUAAAUGAAAAAACCUAUUUGAAAUGUAAACUUUUAGAAAACUUGUUGUCUUUGUUGAAAUAUUGUGUGAAUAUUUUAUGGAAUAAUAAAAUUGUUAUUUCUGAA